CCAUCAUGCAUGCAAUCCGGCCCCUUCUUUCCACAGAAUGUGAGACAGAAUCCUAACAAACACAAACUUGGUUUGCAUGUUUCGGUUCAUCGUCUCUCCAACGUCUCAUCAUCAAAUAACUCCAUUCAGAGGGAUUAAUCAGAGGAAGAGGUCAGAACAAUGUUGCAGCGAGCAGCGAGCAAUGCAUAUUCGUGGUGGUGGGCCAGCCAUAUCAGAACAAAGCAAUCAAAAUGGAUGGAACAGCACCUUCAAGAUUUCCAGGAGAAAGUGGAAGUUGUUAUGAAACUCUUGCAGGAAGAUGGAGAUUCCUUUGCCAAGAGAGCAGAAAUGUAUUACAAAGGCAGGCCUGAACUAAUUAAUUUUGUGGAAGAAUCAUACCGGGCUUACCGAGCUUUAGCCGAGCGAUAUGAUCACAUAUCAAAAGAGUUACAAAAUGCCAACAACACCAUUGCUUCUAUCUGUCCAGAGCAAGUGCCAUUUAUGGAAGAAGAUUAUGAGGAUGGUUCACCCAAAGCUCCCAGAAAAGCACCAGGAGGGUUGAAACCUAGCAAUGCUGCUCCAAAGGUUCCAAAACCACCACGAAAAGAUUUAAAAACAGUCAUAUCGUCGGCCACAAAAAAGUUUUGUACCAAGAAGGUAGUCACUAAAACGAGUGGUCCAAAAGAACGUAUCAAAUCUGGACUGAACAAAAAGGAGGCACUUGAAGAAAUUGACAAGCUCCAGAAACAGAUUCUGACACUACAAACCGUUAAAGAGUUUGUGAAGAGCACUUAUGAUAAUGCCAUUCAAAAGUACUGGGACACUGAGGAGGAGAUCAAAGGAUUGCAAGAGAGAGUUUCCCUUUUGCAGGAUGAAUUUGGUGAAGGUAUGGUCAUUGAAGAUGAUGUAGCUCGUCGUUUGAUGACAGAAGCAGCUCUUAAAACUUGCCAAGAGACAUUGGCUCGUUUGCGUGUGAAACAAGAAAGAUCAUUUGAUGAAACCAAAAUUGAGACCAAAAGAGUAAAGGCAGUCAGGGAAAAGUUGGAGUCUCUCAUGCACAAGUUACAUUAUGAUGAUCAGAUCAGUAGAACAGAGCCAAGGGCAAGGAAAAAUGUGAAACAAAUUGUAAAGGACUUGGAUGAAGAUAUAGAGAGAAUGAAUCAACAGAGACAAGAGUUGCAGCUAUUACAGAACCAGAUUAAAGAACAACUUGCGACUGGCUCUUCUGCAUCUGGUAGUGUGACAGAAAUGGCAGAGAAGAUUGACGAGCUUGUGAAUAAAGUAAUAAGCCUAGAAACUUCAGUUUCCUCCCAUGAUGCUCUGGUAACAAGAUUAAAAGCAGAAACUGAUGAUCUUCAAUCCCAGAUUGUAACUCAAGAAGAUGACAAGGCAGCGAUUGAUGAGAAAAAUGAUUUGACAACCAAGCUCAGAGAAAUGGAUGAAAAGAUGAUGGGCAUACAAGAUCUCAACGAAAUGGUUGAAACCCAGAAUACAGAUCUCCAAAGCAAUUUUACUAAAGUGCUUUGUGAUCUUGAUCAUCUUUCUGAGGAUGUUCCGAAUGUGAAGCCAGAUAAGAGGGAUGAGAUCCCGGAUUCAUCAAAGAGAGAAAGUGAAUCAUCAGGUGUAGCUGUAUCAGAACAUGUAGUUCAAAGACAAGAUGCAGUGAAUCAAGAAAACGUCUUAAUAAAUGAUUCAGAGUCAGAAAAGAAGCCUAAGGUCUCUGGUUCGGUGGAUAAUGAUAUGCAGAAAGAAAACAAGAUUGGAGUAGGUGAAUUUGCAGAUAAUAAUGUGCAGAUAGAAAACAAAAUUAAUGACUUAGGCUUGGGGGAUAAUGAUGUGCAGAAAGAAAACAAGAUUGAAGUCGCUGAUUUUUCAGAUAAUGAUGUGCAGAAAGAUAACAAAAUUAAUGACAUAGGCUUGAGGGAUAAUAAUGUGCAGAAAGAUGAAGAAACUAAUGUCACAGCUUUGGUGGAUAAUGAUGUGAAGAAGGAUAACGAAAUAAAGGUCACAGAUUCACUUGAAAACGGAGCAAAGUCACAUGAUAAGCUUAAGGUCAUGGAAUCUUCAGAAAAAGCAGAGGCGUCUUCAACAGGAGGCCUGUCUCCAUUUAAUGCAAUUAAAUCGCACUUGACAAAUGUCAUUGCAUUAACACCAAUGAAACCCAAAGAACAAGAAAAGAAUCCAAAUACUGGCAACAGUGAUGCACUAGCAAGAUCUGCUUCAAGUAUCACAUCAGGAGAUCAGGAUCUCAGCCAACAAAAGGAAGGUGAGAAGGCAAAUAGUAAUUCUGAGAGUUCUGGAAAGCAGCAGGAAAGGAAUGCAACCCAAUCUUCAUCGAAUACUGAGAAUGCCGACGAAGUUCAUUCGCAGGAGCAGGUCGCAGCUUUGGUGGAUAAUGAUGUGAAGAAGGAUAACGAAAUAAAGGUCUCAGAUUCACUUGAAAACGAAGCAAAAUCAGAUGAUAAGCUUAAGGUCAUGGAAUCAUCAGAAAAAGUAGAGGCAUCUUCAACGGGAGGCCAGUCUCCAUUUAAUGUAAUUAGAUCACAUUUAACAAAUUUCAUUACAUUAACGCCAAUGAAACCCAAAGAACAAGAAAAGACUCCAAAUACUAGCAACAGUGAUGCACUAGCAAGAUCUGCUUCAAGUAUCACCGCAGGAGAUCAGGAUCUCAACCAACACAAGGAAACUGAGGAGGCAAAUAGUAAUUCUGAGCAGGAAAAAAAUGCAACUCAAUCUUCAUCGAAGACUGAGAAUGCCCAUGAAGUUCAUUCGCAGGAGCAGGUAACAGCAGAAGAAGAUGAACCUAAUUGGCGGCAACUGUUUAUGGAUGGAAUGAAGGAUAAGGAGAAACUUCUCCUGACAGAAUAUACGAAUAUUCUCAGGAAUUACAAAGAAAUGAAGAAGACUCUCAGUGAGUUAGAGAAGCAAAAUCAGGAAAUACUCUUUGACACAUCAUUGAAACUAAAAGAAAUGAAGUCUUCCACUACCUUGAAAGAUGAAGAGAUUAAACUCUUGCGUCGGAAGCUCGGCCUCAUGGAGAGAAGUUUGGAAGGAAAUGAAGACUCGGAAGAAUUAAGAGCAAUAAAAGAGCCCGUAAAGAAAGAAGAAGAAGAAGAUGAUAAUGAUGUUGUAAAAAUAUUGAAAGUUCACCAACCUGACUCUACAUCAGCUAUAGAAGAGAAGUUCCGUCGGCGCAUUGACGAACUUCUAGAGGAGAACUUGGGUUUCUGGUUGAAGUUCAGCACUACUUUCACUGAGAUUCAAAGAUUCCAAACCACUAUAAGAGAUUUGCAAUCGGAUGUAUCAAAGCUUGAGGAAAAUGGGAAAUCAGAGAGUGUCAGACAAUCUGUAAAAUCAGAGGCACGACCAAUUUUCAAACAUCUUGUAGAGAUCCAAACUGAGUUAUCAGUUUGGUUGGAGAAGAGUGCAUCUCUGAAAGAAGAACUUCAACACAGAUCCUCAUCCUUGUGUGGAAUCCAAGAAGAGAUAACAAAGGCCUUGAAAGCCAGCGCAGAAGACUACGACUUCAAGUUUACGAGCUAUCAAGCUGCCAAGUUCCAAGGUGAGGUUCUGAACAUGAAACAAGAGAACAAAAAGGUUGCUGAUGAACUUCAAGCAGGCCUAGAUCAUGUAUCAGCUCUGCAAUCUGAAGUUGAGAAGGUUCUUGCAAAAAUGGGCGAAGACUUUGGCUUCACAAGUUCAAAGAAACAACAAAACACAGAGAUGAGACAUUCGGACAGUAGUGGUAGUGAUAGUGGUAGAGGUAAUCGUUCACAGGUUCCUUUGGGAGCAUUUAUCUUUGGGGUUAAACCAAAGAAACAAAAACAUUCGAUCUUCUCUGGCAUUAGCCCUGGAAUGCAUAAGAAGUGCCGUGCUGCCAUGAAAGGACACUAUUUGUAAAUACCUUGCAGUGUCUCUUCGAUUUUUGUUUUUUCUGUAUCCCAUGCAAAAUUUUGGUUGGUUUCAUUUUAGGUAGUGUUUCAAACAGUCCUUUCUAAAUAGGGAAAGAUGUGGAUUUUAGCUUGUUUGUAAGUCAGCAGGAGUAUGAUUGAAUGUAGGCAUCAGCUUACAAUUACAUGUAUUUUAUGCAAUUUUGCGUCGCAUAUCAUUUAUAUUCCUUUUCAAAA